GUCGAGUCCGCGGGAACGUGUACGCAUGCUCAGUGAGCAGCGCCGGCUCUUCGUUGGGUGGAGUCUCCCCGUGAGACUGACGCUGAGUUUGGGUCUCGGUGGUUUGACCUGUUCUCCACCUCCGCUGCCCCUGAACUCGAGGGAAGUCGACUUUUGUGAGAUCUCACCGCAGGGGCCACUCACACACAGAAGACAAUGUCUGGAAGCUUCUACUUUGUAAUUGUCGGCCACCAUGAUAAUCCGGUUUUUGAAAUGGAGUUCCUGCCAGCUGGGAAAGCAGAGUCCAAGGAUGAGCACCGCCACCUGAACCAGUUCAUAGCUCAUGCCGCUCUGGACCUGGUGGAGGAAAACCUGUGGCUCUCCAACAGCAUGUACCUGAAAACUGUGGACAAAUUCAACGAGUGGUUCGUCUCCGCCUUUGUCACUGCCGGCCACAUGAGAUUCCUCAUGCUUCAUGACGUGAGGCAGGAGGAUGGGAUCAAGAACUUCUUCACUGAUGUAUAUGAGUUAUAUAUCAAGUUUGCCAUGAAUCCCUUUUAUGAGCCCAAUUCUCCUAUUCGAUCAACUGCGUUUGAAAGAAAGGUUCAGUUUCUCGGGAAGAAACAUCUUUUAGGCUAAAUGCAGAAAGCGCCAGAGUCACCGUGGGGUAUGCCAAGAGUGUACGUGUUGUGAGUAACUUGAUAAAAUUGCCUGGCAAACCUUA